AAAGAUCAUCUAUCAGUUAUAUUCGUCUAUUCUCGGUGAGCGGUUGCUUUUUAAAAAGAAAAAAAACAAAAAAAAAAAAGAAGAAAAAUCAGAAAACCUAAAAGCAUCUAAACUGGAAUGUAAAAUAAAGAGUCUUUGGGAAUUUAAAAAAGAAAAAAGUAAACUCAAAGGAUAUAAACGAGAAAAGAGAAGAAUAACAAGGAGAAAUACAUUAAAAAUGUGGAAACCUUUAGUCAUAUUGUUGUUGUGUUCAACGAUUAUAAAAAAUCUUGUUGUCGCCCAAACAAACGAAAUACCUGAAUAUGUUAAGCAAUGCAGGCGUGAUGAUCCCAAAUUAACGGAAUGCUUUAUUAGUUCCCUGGAACAUUUAAAACCAUAUCUGGCCAAGGGUAUACCAGAAAUUGAGUUGCCUUCAGUCGAACCAUUUAAAAUGGACACUUUAUCGUUGCAAUUAACAGAUGGCCCGCAAGGAUAUAAAAUCACCUUAAAGAACAUGGAUGUAUUUGGCUCGAGUGAAUUUCAAGUCAAGUCUAUGAAAAUAAGUGAAAAUGGUGAACCAUUCAAGGCACGAAUUGUUAUACCUAAAUUAAGAAUUGACGCCAAGUAUACUAGCUCCGGUGUACUGAUAAUAAUACCGGCCUCAGGUGGUGGCGAUUUUCACGCCGUAUUGGAUGGUGUAAUAUGCGAUCUCUCCGGCAAAGUAUCGACUUCGCAAAGGGAUGGCAAAACUUAUUUGCAUGUGGAUUCGCUUAAUCUCCAUUUGGAUAUUAAAAACGCUGAUCUAAAAAUCGCUAAUGCUUUCCGUAAUAAUCGUGUGCUACUGGAGGCUACCAAUUUGUUUUUACGUGAAAAUGGUCAUUUGGUGAUCGAAGCCAUGCAACCGCAAUUACAAAAGAAACUGGCCAUGGAAUUCGCUAAAUUGGCCAAUCAGUUACUCAAGCACGUUCCCCGAGACUGGUUCUAUGUUGCAUAAUUUUUUUCUUUCUCUAGUAUUUGUAUUACUCUUUUUUGUUUUUGUAAAUAUUUUUAUAAAAGAUAUUAAUUAAGUUAAAAACUCGUUGAGUUAGAGCCAAAAAAAGAUAAAAGCAAAAACAAAUACUUUUAUGUUUCUCUACUCCGGGCUUUACAUCUAAUUGUGUUUACAUUUUAAAAGUAAGUUUUUUUAGGGAA